UGGCUGUGAGUGAGCACCUCUGAAAUGUUUGGGAAGACAUGUGUGGCAAGGUGUACAAAGGAUAUAUCAGAGCUGGAGAGACUGAAAGGACGGAAGACAGCUUGUUGUGAAAGGGAGCUUGUUGGUGUACUUUAGGAUGAGUUCAUGAACACCUAGUUAAUGAAUAUCUCAUUUUGGUGAGAUUUCUGGAGGAGGUGUUGAAAUUUUAAGGAUUAGUGAACUCUUAAAAGUAAUAGAGGAAGAAGAUGCGACAGCUUUAGGGAAAGCCCCUAUUUUGGGCUGGAACUGAGAAUAUCAUGUAGUUUCCAGUUCUCUGGAUCAGCACUUUCACAAUCAACCAGAAGGAAGUGCUUGAAGAGAAGGCUGGAGAGGUUGCCAUCCUCCGCAUGUUUGCCAAGUAGUGCUGAGACCAGAUGAAGAAGCUGUGGUGGAUCAGGGUGGGACCAGCACAAUUCUCAACAUUCACUAUGAGAAAGAAGAGUUGGAAGGUCACAGAACUUUGUAUGUGGGGGUUCGGAUGCCACUGGGCAGGCAGAGCCAUCGACACCACCGCACCCAUGGCCAGAAGCACCGGAGACGAGGGCGGGGCAAAGGAGCCAGCCAGGGAGAGGAGGGCCUGGAAGCGCUGGCCCAUGACACACCAUCUCAGCGUGUUCAGUUCAUUCUUGGGACAGAGGAAGAUGAAGAGCAUGUGCCUCAUGAGCUGUUCACAGAGCUGGACGAGAUCUGCAUGAAAGAAGGGGAAGAUGCUGAGUGGAAGGAGACAGCCAGGUGGCUGAAGUUUGAGGAAGAUGUGGAAGACGGCGGAGAGCGCUGGAGCAAGCCCUAUGUGGCAACCCUUUCGCUGCACAGUCUCUUCGAAUUAAGGAGCUGCCUCAUUAAUGGAACUGUCCUUCUAGACAUGCAUGCGAAUAGCAUCGAGGAAAUUUCAGACCUGAUACUGGACCAGCAGGAACUGUUCAGUGACCUGAAUGACAGCAUGAGGGUUAAAGUGCGGGAAGCUCUUCUCAAAAAGCAUCAUCAUCAAAAUGAGAAGAAGAGAAACAACCUCAUUCCCAUUGUUCGCUCCUUUGCUGAGGUUGGCAAGAAACAGUCUGAUCCACAUUCAAUGGAUAAAAAUGGUCAAACUAUAUCACCUCAGUCUGUUCCAAGUGCAAAUCUUGAAGUGAAAAAUGGAGUGAAUUGUGAACACAGUCCUGUGGAUUUAAGCAAGGUUGACCUUCAUUUUAUGAAAAAAAUUCCCACUGGGGCAGAGGCCUCAAAUGUCUUGGUUGGAGAGGUGGACACUUUGGACCGGCCUAUCGUUGCCUUUGUGAGAUUGUCUCCAGCUGUUCUUCUUUCAGGCCUGACAGAAGUGCCAAUCCCAACGAGAUUUCUGUUUGUCUUAUUGGGUCCAGUAGGGAAAGGUCAGCAGUACCAUGAGAUUGGCAGGUCCAUGGCCACCAUCAUGACAGAUGAGAUUUUUCAUGAUGUGGCAUAUAAAGCAAAAGAACGAGAUGAUCUCCUGGCAGGGAUUGAUGAGUUCCUAGACCAGGUGACUGUGCUCCCUCCAGGAGAAUGGGAUCCCUCCAUUAGAAUUGAGCCACCCAAAAACGUCCCAUCCCAGGAGAAGAGGAAAAUGCCUGGGGUUCCAAAUGGAAAUGUUUGCCACAUAGAACCAGAACUACAUGGGGGUCAUAGUGGGCCAGAGCUUCAACGUACUGGGCGACUUUUUGGGGGCUUGGUGCUGGAUAUCAAGCGGAAGGCGCCUUGGUACUGGAGCGACUACCGAGAUGCACUCAGCUUACAGUGUCUGGCCUCUUUUCUGUUCCUGUACUGUGCCUGCAUGUCACCUGUCAUCACUUUUGGAGGAUUGCUUGGAGAAGCCACUGAGGGACGCAUAAGUGCUAUCGAAUCCUUGUUUGGAGCCUCUAUGACUGGGAUUGCCUAUUCUUUGUUUGCGGGGCAGGCUCUCACCAUCCUGGGAAGCACUGGGCCAGUUCUUGUGUUUGAGAAGAUUUUGUUCAAGUUUUGCAAAGACUAUGCCCUUUCAUACCUCUCCCUGCGAGCUUGUAUUGGACUAUGGACUGCCUUCCUGUGUAUUGUCCUUGUGGCAACUGAUGCCAGUUCCCUUGUCUGCUAUAUUACCCGCUUCACUGAAGAGGCAUUUGCCUCUCUGAUCUGUAUUAUUUUCAUCUAUGAAGCAAUAGAAAAGCUGAUUCACCUGGCAGAGACCUAUCCCAUCCACAUGCACAGCCAGCUGGACCAGCUUAGCCUCUAUUACUGCAGAUGUACUGUCCCAGAGAACCCAAACAAUCACACUCUGCAGUACUGGAAGGAUCACAAUAUUGUGAUAGCAGAAGUGAACUGGGCUAACCUCACUGUCAGUAAAUGCCAGGAGAUGCAUGGAGAAUUUGUAGGAUCUGCUUGUGGCCAUUAUGGACCCUACACGCCUGAUGUACUCUUCUGGUCCUGUAUUCUCUUCUUCACUACUUUCAUCCUCUCAAGCACUUUAAAGACAUUUAAGACGAGCCGCUAUUUCCCAACCAAAGUACGCUCCAUGGUGAGUGACUUUGCCGUUUUCCUCACUAUCUUCACAAUGGUGAUUAUUGAUUUUUUGAUCGGAGUCCCAUCCCCAAAGCUUCAAGUUCCCAGUGUGUUCAAGCCAACAAGGGAUGAUCGAGGAUGGAUUAUCAAUCCCAUUGGCCCCAACCCCUGGUGGACUGUGAUAGCUGCCAUCAUCCCAGCUCUUCUCUGCACUAUCUUGAUAUUCAUGGACCAGCAGAUCACAGCAGUCAUCAUUAACAGGAAGGAACAUAAACUCAAGAAAGGCUGUGGCUAUCACCUGGACCUGCUGAUGGUGGCCAUCAUGCUGGGUGUUUGCUCCAUCAUGGGCCUGCCCUGGUUUGUGGCUGCAACUGUCCUGUCCAUCACACAUGUGAAUAGUCUCAAGCUAGAAUCUGAGUGCUCUGCUCCUGGAGAACAGCCCAAAUUCUUGGGCAUCCGAGAGCAGAGAGUGACAGGGCUGAUGAUCUUUGUGCUGAUGGGCUGCUCAGUCUUCAUGACAGCCAUCCUAAAGUUUAUCCCAAUGCCAGUACUCUACGGAGUUUUCCUCUACAUGGGAGUUUCUUCACUACAGGGAAUCCAGUUCUUUGAUCGCCUAAAGCUUUUUGGGAUGCCCGCGAAGCACCAGCCAGACUUCAUUUACCUGCGGCACGUGCCGCUGCGCAAGGUGCAUCUCUUCACCCUCAUCCAGCUCACCUGCCUCGUCCUGCUCUGGGCCAUCAAGGCGUCUCCAGCUGCCAUUGUUUUCCCAAUGAUGGUUUUAGCUUUGGUCUUUGUCAGGAAAGUCAUGGAUCUUUGUUUCUCUAAGCGAGAGCUGAGCUGGUUAGAUGAUCUUAUGCCUGAAAGCAAAAAGAAGAAGUUGGAUGAUGCCAAAAAGAAGGCCAAGGAGGAAGAGGAGGUUGAGAAAAUGUUAGAAAUAGGGGGAGACAAGUUUCCCCUAGAAAGCAGAAAGUUGCUAAGUAGUCCUGGAAAAAACAACAGUUUCAGCAUUGAUUUCAGAUGUGACCCCUCUGAGAUUAAUAUAUCCGAUGAAAUGCCUAAAACCACGGUCUGGAAAGCUCUCAGUAUGAAUUCUGGAAAUACAAAGGAAAAAAGUCUCUUCAACUAAGAGUCUUUGCCGGGAUGGAAGAUUUGGGCCAUGAGGUGCUCAGGGAAGUUCUGAUUACAGAGAAAAUGGUGAGUCUCCCGGAGAAGAAUCAUGACCAACUCUGGCCGCAUCUUUGGUCAUCUCAAGCCUUGCCAAAGCAUUCAGUCAUUGCUGGCGUGCACUGGAGGGCAACCUGCCAUCCCCAGACCCAGCCAGGUACCAGAUGCAAGCGUGAAAGCAGAAGACCACUUCCUAUUGGUCCUUCUCUUCUUCCUUUCUCAUCAGAGCUGCUGCCAUAAAAGACCCAGCUUCCCAUUUUUCAGACAUUUUAUCUGAAACUCUGCUAGCCUGCUGAGCUACAUGGGUCCAUUCUACCACUGAGGAUUCCUUCAGUGAGGUCCCUCUUCCUAAGGGAUGAAUGGGAGAUUAGCAGGAGAACAGAAAGAAAAGGGGAGGUUCCCAGGCUUAUUGGUAUCUUUGAGCUCCUAGGUGGCCCUGAGUCUCAGCUCCGUUGCCCAUCCUGGUUGGAGGAGCUAGUGAGACCCCAAGGCUGUCAGGGGUCUGCUAGCAGGAGGUGAGCCAUCUGGGCUUGGCAGUACCCACAACAAUCAGGAUAUGCCUCUGACCUGGAGUGUCUUUGUCAUUUAGCAGCACUCUACACAACUCAGUGAGACCUUUGGAAGACACAGGGUCAAGGAGUACAUUGAAGUUGUUCAGCUUAUUUAGGAAAAGGCUUGAGGGAAAAUUAGUAAUGAUGACUGAGGAUGAGCAGCUUCCCUUGGUUUUUAUGGAGGAUAGAGUAAGAGAAUGAGCCUGCAUUGCUACAGAGGGAAUUAGUUUAGAUACCAGAAAGGAUCAUAACCUGAAGGUUUGUCAUAGUGUGUACUUUCUAGAUAUCUAGAAAGAUUUGAUAACAGUUGUUUGUGAGUAAAAAGAGAGAUAUGGUGUUUUUAUUGGCCAUUUCAUUGGACUGUUCGAUGUCUUGCUGCUGCCUUUUGAGGAAAUACUCUAAUUCCAUCCUGGAGAAAUCCAAGUGCUUAUGUACUGUCUCCUUAGCUGCCUUAGUGAGCCAUCAUCAGCUCAGUGGACCAAACCACCAUCAGCCAUGUGGGUUCUUCAUCAUGGAUUUCUUGUGGUUGACAAAUGUUCUGGUUCUUAAAGAGUCACCCUGAGAAGUGAACUGUAAGUGGUGAAGUUAAUUCCAGUAUUUUAAACUAUAUUUAUGAUUUUUUUCUUCUAUUUUGCAAUUAAUGCCAAAGGCAUAUAUACCUUCCCUGCCUUUGUGCACAGAAUGUCACUAGCCAGCCCAUUAGCACUCAAGGAAUUCAAUCCUAUUAGUUUUCUAUCCUGGAAAUAUCUUUGUACAGUGGGAAAAUUCCUAGUGGGAUUUAUGUUCAUAGAUGAAGAAUUGACAAUAUCAUUUUAUUGAGUUUUGUAUUCCUUAAACUCUUAGAAUAUAUUAAUAUAGUCUAAUCUUACUCUAAAGACUCUUGACUAAUGUUGUAAGAACCCUGAGUUUUCCUCAUAGUUUCCUAACUUUUAGGGACAUAGUUAUUUUAAUGCAAAGGUGAUUUUCAAAAUGUUUAACAAUUGGCACUGGGCAGACACCUGUCACUCAGAAUGAGUGUCAACUGCAAACGAGCAGUGUGUGUCACUGCACCAACGCCCAGAGGCUGAGGGUCACACUGCUUUCAAAUAUAAAAGUGGUAUCACUCUGAAUUGUGGAUAUUGUUUCUGUUUUGUCUGAUCUGAUUUCUAGUCACAAGGCUGUUUUAGGACACCUGUGGCUUCCCUUCACAUGGUACAGACAGGAUCAAGAAUGUUUGUUUGAAAUAUAUGGACAUUUAAAUCUUUGUGAGCCAAAGCUUCACAUUUUAUCACAUUAUAGCAAAUCCGUAAUUAUACCCCUUACCUACUUAGUGCAGAAAAAAGCAAAAGGCAGCCCGUCAGGAGCAAAAGCUUCUUACUGACUUUUCCUUUCUAUCCCCAGCUGCUUUCUUGAGUUUGCUUCUGUUUCAUCAUUUUUGUUCCCUUAAAACAGGCUCCUGUUUUUGCUCUAUCUUGCCUCUCCCAUAAUUUCCCUCCACCUUCUGUGCAAGGAAGUUGGUGAUUACGUCACCUGUUUCCCUCACCUCACUGCACCUGGAAAGGAUGUCCAGGGAAGAGCCCAUCGUGCGCCAAAAACAGUGAUGGAACCCAUCAGAAGAAUGUCUCUCCCAAUGCACUGAUGUCUUGUGCUUGCUUAUAUCUGCUAAGCUGCCGGAGAGUAGGGAAGCAGCCCUUGUUAACUUUGUGUGAUGCAGUCAUGGACCACAUGCACUUCUGAGUCCUUCCCCAGCAGGCUCCCAGGUCACUGCAUUGCAUGAAUGGUAGCUGUUUUGGAAGGCUUUGUUAAUAGGCUGUUAGUUUUUCUCAAGCGAUUCCCAGACCAUUUUUACUACAUCUAAUGAUUGGAACCAUCUUUUACUCUUACUAUCUCCUCUCUCCUAGUUCUUGCCAAACACUCAUCUCCAGUCCUAGUUGCUUCCUUGCUUAGAUCUGUGGCUGAUGAGCAAGAAGCAAAGUUAAAGUGGGCAUUAGAAGCUGUGACGGGGAAGCAGCACAGUGCGUAUGCAUGCGUGUAUCAGUGAGUAGGAAUGCAGACACCAGUGAUGGUCAGUACUAUUUAGCUUUUGUGCACCAAGCUGCAAAAACACCCAAAAAUGUAGUCAUUCUGUCAUCUGGAGCAUUUCCAUCUCAGAUGUCUCAGAUAAAUAGCUUCAGGACAAAUGCAAGCAGAUUAAUCUGUGGAAAACAUGAAGACUUAGGAAUAGAAAGCAAAGCAGGUUACCAGUAAUUUUCAUGUUCAUAUUUUCUUGGGCCAAAGAAGUAGUCCCCUCUUUCACAACAGUUUGAGUGUUGCUAGGUCAAUGCCCUGGCAGACUGGUGGUAUCAGUGUAAGGAAGGAGAGAAGCCAGGGAUUUAAGAAAAUGAUGAUAGGUAGAAUCUUGGUUCUAAGGAAAAAGAAUUAUAAUUGCUAAGUGGGCAUAUUGCCUUCUGGUCAUACCUGUAGAGAAGGGCUGGUCUAGAAGGGUAAGUCCAACCUGCAGCCCACCGGUUAUACGUGCCUAUGUUCACAUUUUUAAAAUUAAGGAAGUUGUGUUACAUAUAUACGUUCAUUGUCUAUUUUAUAUGCAGCCAAAACAAUUUUUGUUCUCUGAGACCCAGGCAAGCCAGGUGUCCACAGGUUUCCAGUUUCUGAAGAACUGUCAAGAAAUCUUUCCUUUAUCACAUACAUCCCCUACGCCUGUCCUUUUAUUCAUAGAAACUUGCCUUUGGGAUAGAAGUAAACCAUGUUUUUCCAAAGACAAAGUAAAAAGUCAUUCUUUCUUUUUGGCUGUGAUGUAACAGCCUUUUCAGUUAGUCAUAAAUGUUGGAUAAAAAUUUGGUAUAUUCUAAGCCUCACUUAUCAUAGCUCAAGCUAUGAUAAUUAUGACCUUUUCUAUGGUCUUGGGAAUCUGUAGUUUCUGGUCAUCCAAAAAUGAGUUUUUCUUCUACUCACUUUAUUUUUUCUACUUGCUCAACCCUGCAGGCCUUCCUCUCAGUAAUCAAAUCAGUGAUUUCCCCACAUCUACUCUGUUGAUUUCAAUGCUCUGCACCCCAAGUUUUCUUGAAGCAUAGGAACAGGAUUUGUCCCAGAGCCCCAAAUGCUGGUUUUAAAGCCAGCACUAGAAACACCAUCCAGUAUGUUUUCUGCUACUCUACCUUUGUCAGUGUCUCUGAAGUUCUUUUGCUGAGAGGUCUUGUACACAGUCACAUUUGCUAGUUUGUAUUGCAUUUUUCUCAUGCCUCUCAGGUUCCUAAGCCACAUUUGAGCAGUAUAUCCAGGAGCCCUGCAUUGACUGUUCUCAGCCCACUUUUCUUUGGUGGUGACUGGUGGGCUCCCCUAAGGUGGAAAUCCUUUUGGUAGGUCCUGGCUGGGCAAGCGGCAUCACCCAGUUCUCACCUUCACCUUUUCACAUAUGAGUCCCUUUUUCCUCUCUGCCUGGUCGUCAGUCUUUCACAUUCUCCUUAAACAGAAGUUCUUGAUCAGAGUCCUAAAACCACCACCAGUUGGGGUUGUGAGCUCUUUGGGUUGGUCUUGGAGCUUCUCAGAAAAGGGAUUUUACAGUUAUUUUCCUUAGAGUGAGGGACUGAGGAUUUUCAAGCCCUUAGAUUGCUCUACUCAUCAGUGUAAACACAAGACUUUCCAUAGCCAAGUGGAAGGAAUUUUUCCACUAAACCUAUUCUUUAUGCUUCUUAGUGUACCAGUCUCUUAACAUUAAUUCUAGAGAAUGGCUGGCUGACUCUUUUUUUUCAUCAGAAAGAAGGGUAAUUUUUAUAAACAAGAGAAGUGUGAAGUAACUAUAUCACUGAAGUACAAAAAGAGGGAAAGAGUGUUAUGUGAACCUUUUCAGAGGAGGAUUCAGGAAGCAGAAUGAUUCAUCAUAGUCAUGAUUCUUUUAGGAGAUUCUCUGCUCAAAGGGAAUGGAAUGGUUUCUGAUCCUUCUGAAAAGAAAAGGACUAAUAUUUUUCUUAAGUCUAAUCCACUCUCAGCUUUGGAGAAUUCAGAACUUUUUCUUCUAGCUGAUACAUUAAUAUUUCCCAAGAAAGAGGGAGAACCCACUCCCUACACUUCUCGGAGCCCACCAGAAAUGAACCUGGGCUUCUCUUAGCAGGUUCUCAGAUGACUUUGACUUGCAGGUUUUUUACAUGUGCAAUAACGCUGGAAACAGAAGCAGCAAACUGAAUGUGCAAUUACUCCUUGUGUGAAAGAAGCCAAAUCCCCUUUCUCUUCUUCCUCCUCUUCCUCCUGCUCCUCCUCCCUCCUGUGUUCACCCCUCUGGGGUGAUAAGCCUCCCUCUUGUUUCUCUGGUCUGUCUGAUUGGGUAGAAACACUGCCCUUUCAAGCUAAUGGUGUCAGGUGGAGAGCAGAGCAACCUUCCCACAGAAGGGGACAACUCGCGGUGCUGGUAUGUUUCCUUUAUUUUCUAUGUUCUUCUUUAUAGUAGGUCUCAUGUAGAGAUAGAGAUAUUUUUGUUUUAGAGAUUCCAAAGUAUAUAUAUAUUUUUAGUGUAAGAAAUGUAGCCCUUUCCACAUUCCAUGGUGUAGAUAGAACUGGGAAUAAAUGUUUCAUUGUGAUAAUCUCAUAGCAAUUUUUGUGGUAGGAAUAAGACCCCUUUCUGAUCUGUUUGUGACCCUGCAGCUCCUAGACCUCUGCCUACCCAAACUUGUGUGUGCUCACCUCGAUGGGUGGAAAAUAAAGUCUGUAUCCACUGUU